GUGAUUUGUUUAUUUUUUGAUCUCCUGGCAAAAAAAUUAAAAUUUAUUUUCUGUCAAAUAACACUAUAAUACAGCACAAUGCAUCCUGGUCAGAUCGAAGUGAACGAAGUCACCGGCUAUUGGACAUUUCUUCUCAGCAUUGAUUGGAAGGAUCCUUGGCUGAUUUGCUUGGUCCUGGCCCAUGUCCUGACCACCACCACUGCUCUACUGAGUCGGAACAAUAGCAAUUUCCAGGUUUUCCUUUUCCUGAUUCUGUUGCUGGCUGUGUAUUUUACGGAAAGCAUCAACGAGUACGCGGCUCAGAACUGGAGUUCCUUCUCCAGGCAACAAUACUUCGAUAGCAAUGGCCUGUUUAUCUCAACUGUUUUUUCGAUUCCCAUAUUACUCAACUGUAUGCUGUUAAUUGGAACUUGGCUGUACAACUCUACUCAGCUGAUGGUUUCUUUGAAAACAGCUCAACUUAAGGAGCGAGCACGUCAGGAGCGCCAAAAAACGGCGGAUACAAGCGAUGCAACGACACAUGCUAAAGUAGAGUAGAGGGUCCAUUUGUGCACCGAUUAAAUACUUAAGUUGAGCUGUGAAAAUUAAAAUGUAAAUUAACAAAUCAUUAAAUAGGUUAUCCUGUUUUUAAAACA